AUGAAUUGUACAACGAAAGUACACUACACUGAUGGGGAUGGUAACAUACGCAUCAAAGAAAAUAACACGUUCACCUCUCGAACUUCUUUGCUUGAUAUCAUUCAAUGGAUUUUCACCUGGUUAAAAUACACUUAUGCAUUCGACUUGCAAAUUCUCAAUCCACAUAGUAGUGAAUGGAUUGAUUUUGAUCAUCACUAUUUCAAUCAAACAAAACCAUAUGAACAUCAGUCAAGAAUCGACCUGAAAAUUCUUCCGACUAAUGAUGGUCAAUUUCGAAAUUCGACAUUUAUUGUUGAGAAAUAUCAAGCUCCAUCGCUCAUAACCAUUGAUCGUGAUUAUCCGACUAUCAUUUUCACAGAAAAUGUUAAUGCCGAGCAGCGUGAUGAGGAUAUUGAUAAAAGAUCAUUUAUCAAAGGAAAUUCUCGCUUGAAUGUACGGAGACCCAAAGUCAAAAUCAUGAGCGAAAAUAUUAACGUAGAGAAUUGUUCACUUAUCAAUUUAUUGGUCUUUCUCAUAUGGGAAGUCUGUGACAAAGGUGUGCGCACAUUAUAUUACCAUCCAUAUCGAAAGUUAGUCGGCGACUGUGCAAAUGAAGAUCACAUUACAAUUGUUCCUACGAGCGACAUGUUCGAACACGGAGAUGAUCUUAAUGUUCCAACAAUGGGCAUUCGUGGUGCAAAGACAGGUGAUCGAGAUAAAAGCAAAUUCUUACUUUGCCAAUUGAGCAAUAGACUGUGCGAAGAGACAUCCUAUGAAACAAGUCGUUUGGCAUGUUUAUUAAUGGGAAAUGGAAAUCCUUGGUGGAAUACACUUGCACUGUCAAAUGCAAUGAUUUUCACUAAGUCUUUCUAUACAAUAGAAUCAAGAGAUGCGCUGGACUGUAAUGGGCAAAUCAUUGAAAGAAUACUUGUUCAAAUUUUCAAACGGAAAACGAAUUUGAACCAGCACGAUGCCGUACCAGAACACACUCCACACGCCGAGAAACGAAGAACAUCGACAGAGAGCAAUGCAAGUACCGAUUCGUUUAUGUGUGCUGUUCAAAAUAGUUUUCACACUACCGAACAUAUGAACUCUCGAUAUCUACCAAUAACUGUGAGCAAUGUCAUACACGAUCAGUCUGUCGGUGAUCCAAGUCAAGUGUCAGAAUCGACAUUGCUAAGUGGCGUAGAUUCAUAUACAACAUCGCCUAACUGGCCUGAUUUCGAACUUACUUCGAGCUUUCCCAUCUCUCCGUUUGGAACCGAAAACAAUGCAGACCAAAGCGAUACUGUCAAUAGUACAAGUAUGUCACCCUUAGCAUCAUAUGUUCCAUUCUAUGAUAUUACUUGUCCUUCGUUUGAUCAUAAUGCUCGAAAUGUUCGAUAA